AUGGAUUUAAGUAUUGUCAAUAAUGAUUAUUAUCUAUCUGGCAUGGCAGCAUUAAUUGGUGAUAUUGAUAAACAGUUAAUGGUUAUGUUACGGGACGGCCGAACAUUGAUUGCGUUUUUAAGAAGUCUUGAUCAGUUUGGUAAUCUUGUAUUGCAUCAAGCAUUUGAACGUAUCUGUAUUGGCCACCAGUAUGCGGACAUUCCUCGUGGUCUAUUUGUAAUUCGUGGUGAAAAUGUUUUAUUCAUUGGUGAAUUAGAUUUUCAUCAACCAUUACGUGUACCACUUAUUGAAGUAACAAUUGAAGAAAUACUUAAACUACAAAAAGAAGAUAUCGAAAAAAAAGGACGCAUUGAAAAACUUCGACAAAAAGCAAUGAUUGAACAUGGUCUUGUCGGCGAAGGAAAUCCAAUUGAAGAACAUUAUUAA